UAUGGCAUGCAGUUGUACCAGAAUUAUAUGCAUCCAUAUCAAGGCAGAAGUGGCUGCAGUUCUCAGAGUAUAUCACCCAUGAGAAGUAUAUCAGAGAACUCCCUGGUAGCAAUGGACUUCUCAGGUCAGAAAAGCAGAGUUAUAGAAAAUCCCACCGAAGCUCUUUCAGUUGCAGUUGAAGAAGGACUCGCUUGGAGGAAAAAAGGAUGUUUGCGCCUGGGCAGUCACGGUAGCCCCACUGCCUCCUCACAAACCUCUGCCACAAACAUGGCCAUCCAUCGGUCCCAGCCAUGGUUUCACCACAAGAUUUCCAGAGAUGAAGCUCAGCGAUUGAUUAUUCAGCAAGGACUUGUGGAUGGAGUUUUCUUGGUGCGGGAUAGUCAGAGUAACCCCAAAACUUUCGUCCUGUCAAUGAGUCAUGGACAAAAAAUAAAGCACUUUCAAAUUAUACCAGUGGAAGAUGAUGGUGAAAUGUUCCACACGCUAGAUGAUGGCCAUACUAGAUUUACGGAUCUAAUCCAGCUGGUGGAGUUCUACCAACUCAACAAGGGCGUUCUUCCUUGCAAGUUGAAACAUUAUUGUUCUAGGAUUGCUCUAUAGCUGAACCAGAAGUGAUGUGUUAAACUGUUGAAGAAAAAGACUCAAGGGGGAAAAAUUAAAAAGAGAGCAUAAAUAAGGGUAAAAGCAUACUGUGGUGAAAGGAAUAUUUCACCUGCAAGUUAUAAAAAAUAGUUCGUGCAUUGCAAAUAAGCAAAAACUUGGAUUGGCAUUACAAUCAUCAUUUAAAAUUUGUAAGUUGAAAUUAAACCUUAGGAAAAAAUGACUUGGAGUGUUCUUGUGUGGUUUCAUAUUACUGUAUUUUCUUCAAAUAUGCAUACUUCAAACAUUUAUCUGCUCCUUUUUAAAAUAUGACAGCACUAGAAUUCUCAAACACCAAAUAUGAAGAAGAAAUCGGGUUUCAGAAUGAUUUUUUGCAAACUGAAUUCCAGUUAUACUACUUUUUUAAUAUUAAGAAGCAUGAAAAAUCUUUAGUUAUUAAUUAAAAGAAACUAUACAUGACUUGUUAAUAAAACUAAAAACAAUUCUGAA